ACUGGGUCGGCGAGCGCGGCCGGGGGAAGAGGGGAACGGCUCGGCACGGCUCGGCACGGGACAGAACAGACGGGCUGCGGAGAGCGGAGCGACGCGGCGGCGGCUGCCCCGGAGAAGGGAGGGAGGCGCCGCCGCCGCCACUGCUGCUGCUGCUGCUGCUUCUGAGGAAGAGCAUGCAUGCAGAGUUCCGUGGCAGAAUAUUUAAGGUACGUGUGCAGUCUAUGGCAAGUUCAUUAGAAGAAGGUGUGACUGGCUACAACAAUCAGCUGAACUUGAGUAUGGAGACCCAGAAUUGUCAGCAAGCUCAGAAAAGGAACUAACUGGAAGAAUUCUGCUAGACAUAGAAGAAGUGGAACACAUUCUUCUGCAACAGACAUUGACUUAGAAUAAAUGCAUGAAUUAAAAACAUCAGUAGUGAAAUGGUAGAUCCUGGUGCUUUUUGAUUCUCUGGUGGAUUUUAUUACUUAGACAUUGCUAUUGACAUUUUUAUUAUCACAUUUAGUACAUCUUGAAUCUACCUGUACAUAAAAAUAACUGGACAAUUGCAUUUUGAUACUGUUUAGUAACACUUUUGAAUGUUAAACCGUUUGCCAAGAUGAGUGCUGAAGGAUAUCAAUACAGAGCUCUGUAUGACUACAAGAAAGAGCGAGAAGAAGACAUUGACUUGCACUUAGGAGAUAUAUUAACUGUGAAUAAAGGUACCUUACUAGCGCUUGGAUUCAGUGAAGGGGAAGAAGCCAAGCCUGAAGAGAUUGGUUGGUUAAAUGGCUUUAAUGAAACCACAGGGGAGAGGGGGGAUUUCCCAGGAACUUAUGUAGAAUACAUUGGAAGAAAAAAAAUAUCUCCCCCAACUCCAAAGCCUCGUCCUCCUCGACCCCUUCCUGUCGCACCAAGUCCUGCAAAAGCUGAAGCAGAGAAUGAGCAACAAGCUUUUUCGCUUCCAGAUCUUACAGAGCAGUUUUCACCUCCUGAUGUUGCUCCACCAAUCCUCAUCAAGAUAGUGGAGACAAUUGAAAAGAAAGGUCUGGAGUGCUCAACUUUGUAUGUAACACAAGGCUCAAGCAGCUCAGCAGAAUUAAGACAAAUUCUUGAAUGUGAUGCCUCUUCAUUGGAUUUAGAGACUUUCGAUGUACACACUUUAUCAGAUGCUCUCAAGAGAUAUCUCCUGGACCUGCCAAAUCCCAUCAUUCCAGCAGCUGUUUACAGUGACAUGAUUUCUGUAGCUCAAGAAGUCCAGAGCUCAGAGGAAUAUGCUCAGUUGCUGAAGAAACUCAUCAGAUCUCCAAAUAUACCUCCCCAAUAUUGGCUCACACUCCAAUAUUUGCUCAAACAUUUCCUCAGACUUUGUCAAGCCUCCAGCAAAAACCUCCUGAAUGCAAGGUCUCUAGCUGAAAUUUUCAGCCCUCUGCUUUUCAAAUUCCAGAUAGCAAGCUCUGAUAAUACUGAACACCAUAUAAAGAUCCUAGAGGUUUUAAUCACAAGUGAAUGGAAUGAGAGACAGCCUGUACCAGGUAAAAAUUCCUAAUUUUAAAAGUUUUACGGUGUUAUUUUCUUAAAUAUUAAAGUUUGUAUUUAAGGACAGUAAAUGUUCAUUGUUUUUCUUUUUAAUGAAACAAUGCAAAAGUAGAUAAUUACAGAACCAAGUUAUUUAUAUUUUCCAUAGUGAGGUGCAACAUUUGUUUUAUAAGAAACUGUCUUUUUUAUUAAAAUCAGUUUAGUAUCCAUGGUUUCUACAGCCUCAUGGUAUUCCUUUCUUUUUCGUUAAAAAAUAGGAAUUUUUUGUAAACCAAUAAAAUGCGUAUCAUACAGUGGUAGGGGUGGGAGGAGUAUAUUCUGAAGAUUUUAGUUAACUGCCACUCUACUCCCAGACAAAUUUUCUUGAACUACAAUACCACAUAGAGAUCAUCUGAAGAAAUUGAGAUUUUCCUCUUUAUUUACGUAUAUUUAUUAUUUUAAUCCAGAGACUCAAAAGAUUUAUUAAUCAGUAUCAAUAAACUGUGCAGAAAAUAUUAAAACCCCAUUCAAGAAAAUUAGAUUACACUUAUUUUGAUUCUGUGAGUUAGCAUCUAAUUUAGUUAACGAACAGUAAAACACACCUCUAACUUAUGCAAAAAUCCCUGUUUUUAAAUCAAAUAUUUGGUAGGAGGAAGGCAGAGUUGCUUACUGUGUGAAAAGGAAAUUAUUAAUGCAGGGGGACUUUGUAUGUUAGCUUGAGGUAAUUCCUUUUAUAGCUUAUUAACAAAGAAUAUCUAAGCAAAGGAUGGGGCCAUAGUGAAUAGAACCCUGGGCAUGUUAUAGCUCUCCCACCUCUAUUGACAGUACAAGGUAAAGUUCAUGGCAGUAAGAUUUGUAGGGCUGCUUAUGUUUUGAAGAGCUAGAACACAGCAGCAGAAAAACAGUAACAACAACAACAAAAAAAAGCAUUAUCACUAGUAUUUCUGGUAGGUUCAUUUUAUAAGCCCCUUCAUCAACUAAUGAAGGUUAAUUUUAAGUGGCUAAAACAAAGAUUUCUGUUCCUACUGCUGUGAUUGAAAGGUUUUUCCAACCUUCCUAGCUCUGUUAGUUAGGAACCUUCGCCUAACAGUUAGUGUACAUGUAUUUUCAGCUAAUUUAUAGUUCCUUGGUUUUCUUCAAUUUUCUAAAAAUAGUUAAGGAGGCAUUUCUAGAAAUGCAGUGUAUUUCCCUUCCUAAUGUUUCAUAACAACCAGCAGAGUCCAAACUUUUAACUACUUGUCUUACCUUAUUAAGCAGCAAAUAACUGCUUAUCGUUAAAGAAUGAGUGUAUCUUUGCCGUGUGUUACAAGCCUUAAAAAGCAAAAUACACUGUUGAAACCUCUAUAUUCUACAGAGUUUGAUAACAGCAUUUUUUUUGAAAUGAUGUGUUUGCAAAUGCUUUAGGAUAUGUAAAUUUACAUGGCUUGAGGCACUGGUUGGGUGGGGCAUUACAAAGAUGGGGUCAAUAGUGAGAGUUUCUUAAGUUGCUCUUAAGAGAUCACUUAGUUGCAUAUAGCUCUGAGUUGCUUCCUAUGAGGAAAAUAUAAAAGUGAAAGGUGUUGAUGUUAGAACUACUAAUGAGGACACGAAGUGUAGUCAUCCUGAGAGUAUCGUUAGAGUACUUGAAGAAAUGUGGCUGUAUCAAUCAGAUUUAUAGGGUUUGACAUUUCAUUAACCAUUAAAAUCAUGACACUGCAUUAAUCAUUAAAAGCAAAUAUUUGUAUUUAAUAUUUCAUCUGAAUUAAUUAAUGUUUUGUAAUACAAUUGUCUAUUUUGAGGGUCCUUCUGGGAUUUUUUUAUAUGAUCUGUUAAAAAAAUAGAUCUCCUUAUGCGUGUGUUUCACAGUCCAUCCCUGGCAAUGGAAUGUUUUUAGUAGAACAUUUGCAUAUAUAUAAAUACACUGAAAAAAAAUGACAAAUUUUCAAACUUUGUGGUUAGCUAGUCUCUGCUCUUAGACCUCUGAAGUGCUCGAAUACUUUUCAAAACUUGAAUCUUUAUAGAAUGCUACAUAAGUCUACAGUAUUAUGACACAAGCCUGUGUUCAACACCUUAAUUGUUCAGUGACCUGAUCAUCUGAAAUGCUCUGUUUUUUAUAGUUCUUAUAGAGGAUUAUAAGAUGUAUUUUUCAAAAUUAUCAGCUUCAAGAUUAUUGACUGCAGCGUCUUGAAUUUCCAUUUAGAGACAUUGUAAUAAACAAAGAUGCUUAGGAAAGAGAUUUUUUUUUCAUGUAAGUGUUCUGAGAAUGACGAUCUGUAAUAGAAUUUGAGAAAUACAGAAGUUAAGAGGUUUUAAACAGAAACAAUCUUGUUGAAAAUGGUGUAAUGACGAUUGGGCAAUUACAGGUAAACCGAUGUAGCCAGGUUUCUUUUAUUUUUCACAGACUGAAGUGAUAGCAUGCUCCUUUAUUUUUUCUUUUUCUUUUUUCUUUUCUUUUUUCUUUUUCUUCCUGUUAUUCUUAGGCCUGCAUGAAAACAUUCAGUCUAAAAUGAAUUGUGCAUGAAGUUCUAGUGGUGUCUUAAGCAGUGAAUAGGUACAUUAUAUGCGAGGCUGGAGAUGUCUGAAUAGGGAAGAGACUUCUGCACAGCUGCGGGCCUUUUUCUUAUCACAUCACUCACUUAUUAUCCUUCUUGCCUCAACACAAUAGAAAGUAUGUAGAUUGGACCAGCAUCUUAAAUUGGACAUCUUAUGGUUACUAACGUGGUGCUAUGCACACCAUAGCACAAAAGCAGGAGUUAAUGUUAGGCCAUUAUUUGAUUUUUAUUUUUUUUUCUAUUGGACAAAGCUGGACUGAUUUUUUUUUUUUUGUUGUUCCCUGUCACAAUGUUCAUCACAAACUCUGUAUUUUUUUUUUGUGAAUUACAAUAACAUUAAGCACUCUGCAAAAGUUAAAACACCAAAGUUAAAAUACAUGCCAUUAUUAUGUGUGCAGUAUAUGAAGACAUGGUAGAGUUGCAGGCAUGGCAUGCUGACCAUCCAGUGCCCGGAUGGUCAGCUAGCCAGCCAGCUACCCUCUGGUUCGCAGAGACAGGUAGGUUGAUGGGAGAUGAGCUGGGGGUUCUGGGGGAGAACAUGAUGGGUGAUCAGGGUCACGCUGGGGUGGAGGGAUGCUGAGGAAUCUGCAGUGGCUGUUAGGAGCUGCGUGCUGUCUGGUACACAUGAAUUAGAGCCGGUAAUGGCCUGCAUGCCUACUGACCUCGAGCUGCUUUGUUCAGACUGCCUGUCCCCUUUUAUUGCUGUAAAAUACUGCAGGUUUUAAGCGUGAAGAAGUAGGUUUUACUACUUGCUGUGUCACAGGUAAGAGGUGAGGUAAUGAGACCACCUAACGGCUCACUUGCUGGGGACUGAGAUGCAAUCCUGGCAGCACUGCCAAAAAGCUGGCACUUUGCUUUCAGAUAAACAAAAUACCAGCAAGCUUGGCAGCACAAUAACCAGAGCAGGGGAGUAUCAAGGCUGGUCCUGCUCCUCUGGAAUUUUGUCUCAAAGCUGCCCUGGCCCGUGGUGGUCAGGCUUAGUCCAUGGUCUUGUCUGUAGCAUCUCGGGGCUCAGUGGAGGAGGAUGUGCAAAUGCUAUCUAUUGCCAGAACCUUUCUUCAUCAUGUCAGGACUUCUCUGCAUCAUACCACAGGCUUGGCUGAGCUGUUGGCAGUGCAGAGUGUGUUUUGGAGUGUGUGCAAGGCAGUCCAUCCAUGGGAGAACUGAUUUCACACUGGCUAUUGCGCAUUGGCUCCUCACCCGGCAGAGGGCUCCCCUUCUAAGCUAAUAAAAGUCAAGCUUCAUACUUGGUCUAGAGGACAGCAAAAUGUAUCGUUAAUUGUCAGCCCUAGCUAUUCUGAAUUCUUGCUUUAGACUCUGACAGUGGGGCAUACGCUAAAUUUCUCACUACCAAGUUGAAAGUAUUUGCUUAAAUGUGUGGGAUAAUCAGAAUUGUUUACGUAUUAAUACGUGUGCACAUGUAUAUUUGUACGUAAGUACAUACAGAGUUGUGGAAUCUGAUCAGUUCUCCUUCUGCUUCAUACAUUAUUUUGUAGAAACAAAUUUCUUUACUGAUAGAACAACACUGCUUAAGAGUGCAAAAAGUAGUACGCUGCUGCCUUUCUGCAAAUGCAAAUCGAUACAUUCAAUGGGUACCGUUCAAGUUGCUGAAAUUUAAAUGUAGAUAAAAGUUAAGGUGGUGCAAUUAUGUGAAAAUGCAGGUGUGUGGAUGUCGGGAUCUAAUUUUUUUUGACAAAACACAUGAUUCUUUCUGCAGGAUGAUUAGGCACUCAUUUUUGCACAAGGCACUGGGAUAAAAAAAAAAGAAAUGGACUUAGGAACAAAGUCUUAUCUUUCAUCUCUGCCUGUGUAACUGUGUGUUUUGAAAUGAUAACCAAUUAAGUGACCCCGGCUUUGGGAUGUCUUAUCUUCUUUGAGAAUAUGCAUCUGUGCUGCGGUCCUAUAAACCAAAAAAAAAAAUGUUAUUAAGCCCAUCUGUAGCUUUUAACAGUAAAUAGGAGGUGUAUCAGUUACUGUCAGAAGUUAGAUUUUACCUCUUCUCUUGCUGCGUGCUGUCAUGAGUUCAGAAACACAGGUUACUGUCUCUAUUUGAAGUAGGCUAUACGUAUACGACUGUGCUACUUUAAAUUAUAUAUAGACCUGACAAUUGUUCAGGUAGGCAAAGGCUAAGACUAGAAAAGUGAGGGAUUUCUAUUAGGUGAAGCUAAUCCAUCAAUGGCAAAACAUCAAAAUUGUACUGAAGAUAUUUGGGAUUUCAUUGUGAACUACAAGUGGCUUUCGGUAGGUGUGGUAUUUUGUAGCGUGUGGGGAUUUUGCUAGGUGGAGUGUUUGGGGGUGAAACUUCAGUGCUGUUUGACUGCCAUAAGGAGCAUGAGCUGAGCUCAAGGACCGCUGGUACCAGCAGUGCUCACUGUUACCAACAAGUGGGAAGAAAAUAUUAAUCCCCUUCACUCCUUUCUCUGAAUUUGUGGUCUUGUAGUCUGCUUGUCCUUUCACUUUGGAUUUAUUUCCUUGUAAAACUAUAGCUGGCAAAGAAAUUAACUUCUGUAGGCAAAGGGAAGCAGUCUUUUGCUGUUCCAUUCCUUUAGCAAGUCAGAUUUAAGGCAAAGAAAAUAUAUUUCACCUAGGCUGCUUCCUCCCUAGACAGUCACUUUUCCCACCUGCCUGUGGGAAAUGAACAAACCUGACGUACUGGCAAACACCGUGAAUAUGGGCAGGUAUUUUCUCUACUAUUUUCAGUUUUCAGGAUAUGGGUAAAAUGCUUCAUGGCCUCAUUCUAGGGGUCUUCAAGCAACACAUGUAUUUGUGAUCCAGUGUAGGAGGUGAUGCUGUAUUUGCAAGCAGGCUAUUUUGCUUGCACAGGGCUGAUCUGAGAGAUGCAGCUCUUUUCAAGGAAGAUUUUGAAUCUCUCUUCUUUUUUUUUUUCUGCAGAAGGUUAGCCACUUCCUGUAUUUAGCUGUUCUUGGUGCUUUUCUUGACUUUAAAAGUGUAUUCACCAGCCACUUACACAGAAUAUUUUAAGGCCGCUUACAAUGGUCUUCUCAUUUACUUAGCUAAAAUGAGAAAGUUAGCCUUGCAUUGGCCAUUUGUUGGCUGUUGACAACUUUUACUUUGAAUCUGGCUCCCCCUCCCCCACUAGAAAUCCCUGGCUCAGCAAAUAUUUGAACCUGCCCAAGUUAAUCAUGAAACUGAGAUCUUUAUCUCUGAGAGACGUGCAAGCUACCGAGGGUGUUUUGUUUUUUUUUUUUUUUUUUUUUACAGUACUAAAGUCAGGUUCACUUUUUAAUGAUGAACCAGAGUAAGUGGAUACCUUCUGCACAGCACAGAGCUGUAAGCAGUUAAGAAGAGAGAGAAGGCUGGGGUUUUCUCAUUACACAUUGCAGCUUUUUAGAGAUUUUUGUGGAACGUUGGUUGGAAAGCAGAGUCUUCUUUUUUCAGAAUUAUCUUUUGUUUAGUUGUUUCAGAGAAGCUUCCUAGUAAAAGAAGGUUUUUUUGUUUUGUUUUGUUUUUGUUUCUUAAAGAUUUUUAUAAGAGGAAGCCAAUUAAUUUUUUAGGUUAUUGGAUUGUGUUUUCAGGCUGUAUUACAAGGGCGAGCGUUUGCGAUGCAUAAUGUACAAAGUAAGUGAUUUUGAAUUUCUCUUGAGUUUCUUUGUGUUUUCUUCGUCACCUUGUGGAGGUAUUUCACUAUAACCAAUUACCAGGUAGAGAUUUCACGGUCUUAAAAUAGGUGAGUGAAGGUCAAGUGCCUGCAGAUUACUCAGGGAGUGGGGAAUUGCCUAUCUGCCGCCUGUCUUUUCCUGCCCGCAAGCUAGGCUAGUCCGCACUGAGCACUAACCUGGUUAUACGAGCACGGGCAACCCAGAACUCAGCCACCACUGAAACCCAGGAGAAGUAAUUUCUCCUGAAAGACCUUAUUCAACAGAAUAAAAAAAAUCUUACCGAUCCCACAUUAGACCUAAAUGCAGCAAUAUAGUCUUGGUAGGAAAUCUUUAUAACCUAAUUUAAAUAAUUACCUUGGCAACUCAACUGUUUAGGUAGCAGGUGGGCUAAACCUCCAAGCUCAGUGUUUGGACUUGUGUCUGGGAUGAGUUCAAGUAUCCUGUUUCAUUUUGGAAAUGGAAGGAAUCUUUGGAGCAUGUCUACCUAAACAGGGAGGGGAGUCUAUUUCAAAAUGAAUUUCAGCUUGUUAAUAUAGAGAGCAAACUAGCGUGUAUUUUUUUGUUAACUGUUGGUUCUCCAGACAUGUUCAUAUAUGUUAGUGCUCGUCUAAUGGGGUGAGCUGGUGAGUAGCACAGAGAGGGUAGAUACGUGUGAAAUAUUUGGGAUGGGUAUAAACUGUGUUAAUUUUUUAAUGGGUGUUUGUGAGAUAGAGCACACUUCAGCUGCAUCAGGAUUCCUCCUGAUGUAGGCACAGAUAGUUGCUACAGUUACUCUUUGUUGUGGUUAUUUUUGGUAUCUGGUUUUCUGCCCCCAUAGAUUAUAGUGAGUAUAAAGCAUUUAGAUUGCUUUACAUAGCAUUCUGCUCUGGAAUCAAUAGUCUGUUCUGUGCAUGCUUCUUCCAAGAGGUCUGAGAGCGGUGCUGCCAGUGAUGGGGGGGCUUAGAGAGACGGUUUCCGAAUAGUACAAGUAUGCUGGUGGCAUAAAGUCAAGUUCAGAAGAAGACACUGACAAGGACUGUUGUUUUUAAAGACAAUUAACUUGAUAAAUAUCUUGAUGAGAGCAGGGUAGAGAAACAGUGUGAAAAGGCAGACUAAAUCUCAUGUCCUGACAGACUGGCUUUUUAUGUUCAGCAAAAUCAUUUUUCAAGAUCUUGCUCAGUUUUGACUUUCUUGCAUGGUGCAGGAAAGUCUGAUGAAUGUAAGACUACAAUAUUUGAUUUUUAGAUUUCAAAAUGAGUUAAUCCAGAUCAAUUGGAAUUGUAUUUUAUUACAGAAUGAAACAGGGGGGUGGCAUCUCUGCAGUAAGCACAAUUUAUAUAAUAAUAUUAGGUAUAUCAGAUCUGUGUGCAUAUUAAAAUAUAGAAAUCUGUACCAUUUAAAAACCUAAUCCAUAUUUCAUUAUGUAGAUAAAUAAUGUAUGUAUGUAAUGUAUGUAGCCUAAGUAUGUAUGUGUGUAAUGGGUAUAUAAUGGCUAUGCUCUUUUUCUCUUCUGCAUCUUUAACAUGCACACAAGCCUUUUAAAGCUUUUUCAGUGGUAAACUACAUGCAUCUGAGUAGGAGAAUGAAUCUGAGAAGUGACCUACCUCUCUGCAAAGGGAGCUGCACUGUGUGUGAGCAUGCAUGUGUUGUGUGUGCGUGUGUGUAAGAGCUACGUGCUGCAGCAUAU